AUGUAUUUACCAUAGCUUACAAAAUACAUACGCUAAUUGGUCGAAGAAAAUUCGACUCGUAUAAAACUAGUAGUCAUUGAGCCGAGCGCGCGAUAGCAUAUCAGUUGAUAGCGAUCCUGAAAAGUGUCGCCUUAGUUUUCAGUGUACUAAUAACUGUCAUUUAGUGAAGGUGCCCGCGUUAAUUUCGACUGUGUUCUAAAAUGGCGCAGAACAAUCUAGAAGUUGGCAUGAGGUGCAUAAAGUACAUGCUGUUGUGUGUUACUGCUAUUUUUGUGCUCACGUCCGCUCUCAUCAUCUCUGUGGGCACAACGAUCUACGCGAUCUACUACGAUGUAUCUUUCUUCCUGGACACGCAGCUGUUCUCACCGGCGACCUUUAUCAUCGUCAUUGGAGUCAUCAUGCUCUUCGUUUCCCUAUUCGGUUGCAUCGGUGCCUUGAAGGAGAGCACCUGCUUGGUUAACAUUUUUGCAGUUAUCCUCAGUUUGGUGUUGGUACUUGAAAUCUCAGCUGCCAUCGCUGCGUACACGUUGCGUUCUCAGGUCGCAAAUAUGUUGGACGCAAACUUGAGAGAGACACUUCCAUCGUAUUACAACAAACCAGAAGUAACCGAUGCUUUCGACUUCAUUCAAAGUAGGCUGAACUGUUGCGGUGUCGAUAGCUACCUCGACUGGGGUGAUGUGCCCACUGAGAAAUCAGGUAUCUCCGUAGCCAACAUCACCGUUCCUUACUCCUGCUGCGCUCAGACACACUACCAAGUUGUUGGAGACAUAGAAGUUGACGAGUGUGUUAAACUGUAUGCUAAUGGCUGCCUCCCCAGGAUCACUUAUCUGAUCUACCAGAGUGCAGGCUUGCUUGGUGCAGGCGCCAUGACGAUUGCAUUUAUUCAGGUUAUCGGAAUUGUAUUCUCGUUCUCGCUGGCCAGUUCCAUUCGUAAAGCAAAGUCUGAGCGCGAGCGCAGACGAUGGGAGAUCCAGGAGCGCAUGGUCAACGCGUACACUUCCCUUAACCCCGAGAAGGAGAAAAGUGCACCCAUAGUUUAUGUCCCAUUCCAUGGACAAAAUAAUGCUUAAGGUU